AACGGAGCGUUCGCUAUUGCUCCUCCUCCUUCUGUAGUUCAACAAUGAGGGUCUGUGCUUACAGAAAACACUAGCCUACACAACUGAGCCGAAAUUGUAUCCUAGUAAAUACAAAUGCAAUUACAAAGCAUUAAACCCGGCCGGACAAGACUGUCUGACAAAGUCGCCUCUGUUGCGGUACUAGCAACCAAGUUCCCACGCGCAGAGAAUAAGAGGAACUGGCUAGUGUCACGGGGCUAACUAACACGGCUGGAUUGCUGUGCGGUUUAUGGGAUGGUGUAAUUUUACCGGUGUGUGGAUGACUAGUUACUGGGAAGAAGUGAGGAUGUACUAACUUAUAAAGAGUUCGGGCGCGGCGGCUGGCGACUUUUGUCUGCUUAUGGUGGAAUUGGCAGUAGACUGUUACGGACGAAGAGGGUGUUUAUUGUCCGGUGUCUCCUGAUGUCAUCGCCUGUGAUACGAGUUAAGCAGUGGAUUUAUCAUUUUCAGGAUGUUGAUGGCAGCAGGGUUAGUGGGAAUGACAGAUUCGAACUCUUGCAACCGGGAACAAACCGUCCCGGUAUCAUCGCCAGAGAGCCUAGAUGCCUUGGUUCCUUCACUGGAUAGAAGCAACUCUGUCAAGAGAAAGCUGAUAAGAAAACCUGGUUACUUGAGGAAAGAAUCCCAGCAACUGCCAAGAUGUGUAUCUCCAAGCAAAAAUGAGACACAAACAGAAGAGUGUAUAAAAAACAUAAGCAGCAUUAACACUGUUACAGGCUAUGGUCCUGGCAAAACAAUAAAGGAUCAUUUUGAAGUCAGAAAACAAAACAUAGUUUUAAAUAAUAGAGAGAGUGUAUCAGGAUCAGUGACUCAAAAUUCAUUGCAGGGAUUACAAAAUCAUUUUGAGUGCCUUGAACAGAGAGAAACAUUUACACCACCUUUGUGUUCUGCAAAAUGUAAAACUCUUUCUUCAUCUAAAUCCCCAAAGAUUUUGCAGAACAGCCUUUUAAUGGCAGCUGAUGAGAUAGAGCUCAGCAACAGACCCCAUCAGCUGUGUAUUCAAAGUUUGCACAAAACAGACAGUGAGACAUUGUGUGAAGACACAGACUGUACUGAGGAUUCUCCUGAUGACUUCUUCAAUUCUAGCUUUAGCUUCAUUCAGUUGUCAUUAAACUCUAUGAAAGAUGAUGUAGCGGGAGAAUCAUGCUGCCAGGAUUUGCAAGAUCCUGGAACAAAUGCAGCAUUAAAUGUAGAAAAUGGAUCUUGUCUUCAAAAACUAGCAGAAAGUGGGUUGUGUGAAAAGCACCUGAAUGGAAACAGUAAUUUUCCUUGGCCUCGUGAUCAGAAUGAUAAUUCUUGUGUUCCUGAUACCAAACUGAAAAAGAGAUUGCAUGACAGUGCCAUGAUCUGUUUUGACACAGAUGUAAACUUACUGCACUCUGUUGAUUCAUCAGAUACUACCUCGGCUGGUUCGUCUGUUACCUCAGGCUAUGAGAGCUGCAUUGUUGGUACUGACCACAGCUGGGACACGGUGAUGAGAAAAUAUGAGCCUAUCCUACAGGACUGUCUUCUAAACAACAGAACUAAAUUAAAGGUACAGUCAUUAAUUCUGAAGCUUCAGAGGCUCCAAGAAAAAGCAAUAGAAGAGGAUGACUAUGGCCAAGCUGAUACAUUUGGAAAGAGACUGGAAGAACUGAUGGAAGAAAACAAGCACUUAAAGUUCCAGCUUCCUUCAAAACAUCCAUUAAUCAGUACCUUUCUAGAAAGAUAUAGAGUUCAAGUUGAAGCUGCAUUGUGUCCAACUUUCAGUGAAGCUGGGCAUAGUAAUGGAGAACUACAGAAAACACUCACAACUGAACAAGAAUGCCCACGUUUUGGGCAGGAACGGUUGCAUGGCUCCAUAUUUAGAAGAGAAAGUUUACUGCGAGAUCAUCAGCAGCUACAGGAAGAAAUCAGAAUCCUUAGAGAAAGAAUGUCAAUUCUGGAAGUCAAAGAUAAGCUACUAUGCAAAGAAAUUGAAGAGCAAGAUCAUCUACUCCACAGCAAGGAUUGUGAAUUUCCUUCCAUGGUCACUGUGCCUCAUGCAGAGUUACAAGAUAUGCUGAAAGUACUGGAUGAAAUAGUCACCUCUCCUGAUCGAGUUCCACUCAGUGAUGAACUUCCUGAAAGUAUAACGAGCCUUCAAGAAAAGCAAUAUUCUCUCAGUAUGGCCAUUAAAGAAUCUACUGCCAAAGUUUGUACAAGUCAACGACUAUGCAGCACCAUAAGGAAGAAAAUCAGCGAUAUUGAGACACAGAUACCUGCUCUUAUUGAAGCUAAAAUGUUAGCGAUAUCAGGGAAUAACUUCUCCACUGCAAAGGAACUUUCAGAGGAAAUGAGGUCCCUGGUCUCCGAAAACAGUCGUCUGGCAGGGCUCCUUAAUGAGCUGCAGGCAAUGCACAGUAAACAUGAAAAGAGGUUACUGAAAAUUAAAGAAGAGUAUAGCAGACUAAAGAAAGAUUUGGAACAAGGAGAGAAACAAUUUGAAUGGAAUUUAAAAGAAAGUGCUACAAAAUACGUGGAGAUGUUAGAAGAUAAGCUGCAGAGUCACAGAAGCCAGCUUCUGGAAAAAGUGUGGGAAGCUGACUUGGAAACCUGCCAGUUGCUGGUUCGAGGAUUUCAUCUUAAAGACAUGGGGUGCUUCUUUUCAGAGGGAGAGGAGAGCAGAAUGGUUGAAACAGAGAAUGGUAACACUCCAUCUUCCAGCAGUGAGUGUGAAAAACAAUGUGGCUUUCCAAAUUCCAGAACAUGGGAAACUAGCCAGUGUCUGGAUUUCAAACAUAAACAUGCAGCAGCCGAGAAUAUUUCAGAAUGUUCUUAUGGUACAGAUGACAAUCAUUCCAGGUUUUUUUGCUGUCCAUCAACUGCUGUAAUGGAACAGUGUGAACCCAUCAGGAAAAAGCUGGUUAUUAUAGAAGAACAGCUUAUGACAGCAGUUUACAGUCGUGAUGGAGGCCUCACUCAGAAUCUACAGAAGGAAAUCCAGAUGGUGAAAGAAACUCUGCAGACCAUGCUGGUACAGUUACUGCCCUCCAAAGAAGAAAAGGAAGAGGUCAAAGAUAUUCUCCAUGGCAGCUGGGGACAGGGGGAAUAAGACACCAUGGAAUCAUGCAGGGGAGAUAGUAUUUUAGGAAUCCACAAGAGAGGUUCUCUGUAACUGAAUAUUUCAUGGCCAGGCAGCAAGAAUCCUCAUUGUAAUUAACAGCAGCUGGAUCUGUUGAAGUGCAGUUGUGAGGUCAGCUACCAAGUCUGUUAUGUACUUAUCUGUUUAUUUACUAUGCCCACCAGAGAUGGAAGUAAGAUUUAUGGUUUAAAAAACAGAGCUUUAUAAAUCAACAUUCACAGUGAUGUUGUAUAUCUCAUUCCUGCUGUAUCAGUGCAAUUGUUUCUGUUAAUAAUCAUAUCCUGCUUGAGGCUGAGCUUCAGACAGCAGUUUCUUUAUAAAGAUAAUUUCACAGAUAGUGAAAUGGACUGUGCUAACAUAUAUUUCUCUUGGGUGGAAGUUGAUAGCAUUAUUUCUGGAAAAAACUGAGUACCAAAGUGUAAAUUAGACCAUGUAGAAAUGUCACACUGUUAUCUCUUGGGAUUCAGUAAUGGGUUUAUUGCCCUGUAGAGAGUACACUUCCUUGAAUCAUCUUAAUACUUUGAUGUCCUGUGCAUUUAUAUAAAAAUAUGACAGUUUGCAAAAUGUAAAGCAGAAAUGUAUAUGCUGUGCAAUAAGUAUUUGAAUUAGAGGUGGUUCUCCCAGUGGCUUGCUGGAUGGGUUUAUACAUUUACAUGACUAAAUCUUAUGUACUAAUCAGUCAGACCGUAGGUUUAAUGUACAGUAUAUCCUGUGUUUAGUGUGCCAUCGGAAUGCAAACAGCUUCUGUCUCACAAAAUGCUACUGUUAGUACGCAAAUGCUCUUAUACUCUGCAGCUGCAGGCCGAAAAGUACUGCUUCUCUUGUAACUACGUUAAAAAAAAUGCAGGCAUUGUUUGGGCAAGCAUGCCAGCAGCCCCCUGUAUUCCCCAAAACUCAGCAUGAAAAAUAUUUUCCCAGUACUGGAAACAAAAGUAUAGUUAUGCAUAUAUUUGCUGGAGUGGGCUGAAAUAUGUGAUUAAAAUGUACCCAUGUUAUUCUUCUAAAUUCUUCCCUUCUAAUAAGAAGGGUCAGUGUUGUUGUUCUCCCUAUUUUUUGUACACCAGUAAGCUAGAGGUGCUCUCUGUCACUGUCAGUCUUCUACAGUUCUGUGCCCAGUUUUCAGCUGUAACUGUCACUAUGUUAGGUGGCAUGCCUUUUUCCCCACCAGAAGGAUGGCAUCCUGGAAAGUUAAGAGGCUACUAAGCAGAUGUGGUUUACCACAGAUAUUGAUUUAUUUAUUUAUGCAUUUGUUAGCCAGGUAAAUGCCAUUUAAAUUUACUGAUCCUUCAUGCACCCUUUUCAAAUGUAAAUUAGAUCAGUAAGUUAAGAGAAAAUGCAGAUAUAUAUAUAUAUAUAUAUAUAUAUAUAUAUAUAUAUAUAUAUAUAUAUAUAUAUAUAUAUAUGUCAUAUAGAAGAAAACAAGAGGAGAAUCUGAAAUGCAGGACAAAUUUCAGCCAUUGCCCUCUUUCUGCGUGUUCUGAAUUGUGCAGGGAUAGCUUUUCUAGUCUGAGAAAAAUGGCUUUAUUGUGACUCUUCGAAAUUUGAGGUAUUGUGGUGCAGAACACUCUGUUAUGACAACUGUAGAAUUCUGUAGUUUUCUUAGCAUGUCCAUGAAAUUUUUUUUUCUUCCCACAGCUUCCUGUAAAUCAGUUGUUCAGCUUGUUAAGAGACCUAGGUAGGAAUUCUAAGUAAAAGAGGUUGGGCUGAGAAUUGUUAGAUUUUUUUUCCUGUGUUGCCUGUUGCUGUUGUACAUAACAAAACAAUGUAAAAAAUGAAUUGCUGUUUUGAAGAACAUUCUGUGGUCUGACUGAACACAAUAUUAUUUCUUCUUUGUAAACAUUUUUAGAUUGUUUCCAUGUUAUUAUGUACAGUAGAGAGUCGAUUAUCCGAACUAAUUGGGACCUAGGAUAGUUCGGAUAAUCAAACUGUUCAGAUAAUCAAACAUAUAAUUAAAAUGGAUAAAAAACUUCUAAAAUCCUGUUUUAUUCUACACACAGGAAUAUACUUUUCAACCAUUCAGUGAUUCCAGUGGACAAUAUUCAAGUAAAUAUGUAUAAUGUUUACAUUUUCAGACUUUAUGAUUUUUCCUAUCUGAAAUCUUUGGAAGGCUGGUUCAGAUAAUUUAUAUUUCGAAUAAUUGACAUUCGGAUAAUCGAGUCUCUACUGAAAUAUAUUCAGUAGUGAAUUUAACACCCAUUGCUUAUUGCACAAUUGUGUCAGCAUUAAUUUUUUUGUUUUGUUUUGUGGGAUAACAAAAGCUGCUCUGUUAUAUCUGGUUCUUGCUGCCUGCCAUGUACAUAUUAUGUAUUAUUUAUAUAAUUUAAUAAGUUCUUUUAGAAAAAAAGUUGGUUUUAGAAUACCCACUGAAUGUCCAUCUAUGAAUUUGCUUUCUCUUCUCUGAAUGAUAUACUCAUCUGAACUAUAUUUGUCCCUCUCAACCCCCCCCCCCAUUUUUCAGGUAUGCCCCUUAUUGUGCCUCAGAAUUUUGCUUUGUGCCUUCGUAAUGUUUGUGGUUUUGAGACACAGAUAUAUGGGUUUUAGUUUUAAUCAUUAGGACCUUAAGAGGCACUGCAGUUUCAGACUUCUUAUUCUGUAGGAAAUGGAUAUUAAUGUACACCCUAUUGUUCUACUGACUUUCUGUAUGAAUAAUGUCAUUAUUUAAAAAGUGUCCCUCUUUUUGGGAGUUUGUCCUUGAUUAGUUUUGGCUUUUCUGUGAUUAUAGAAAACGGAUAUUGAGAGUUAUAACUACAUCACUGUCUACAAUUCUAAUUUCAUAUUAACACCACUAAAUUAAGUACUUUUGUACUGUUAAAUAAUUUUUCUAAAUAUUUUUAUAAUGUUUUUGCUAGUAAUGCUGGUAUCUUUUAAUAACUUAAUUUUUUAAUUUAAAACAAUAUUGAAUAAUUUCUGAAAUUCAAUUUUUGUAUCACAACUUAAGAAACUGUUCAACCAAGAUAUAUCAAGUGUUAAUGCCUUAACCUGAAAAUUCCUUUCUGUAGUACUAGGUAUCAACAAGGAAUGGUUUUGUUUUAUCUUCAUAUGUUCAGCUCUAUGUCAUAUUACUUUUUUUGUCAGUCAUGAACUGCACUACAGUGCUAUGUAGUCAUUCCAUGUUUCCGUUCUUGAGCCAGAAGACUGCAGUUUGCACAAAUGAACAUUAUUAAACGAACAUUAAGGCUUUUGUUUACUUGAA